AUGGCUACGAGGCCCGGGUCAAAAUUACCUCCUGGCGCAAAUCGUAUUUUGUUUGUUAAAAACCUAAAUUAUACUAUCACGGGUGACGAUCUUUAUGAUCUUUUCGGAAGAUACGGAGCCAUUCGCCAGAUUCGCCUUGGUAACGACAGCAAAACGAAGGGAACUGCGUUUGUUGUUUACGAGGACGUGAUGGAUUACAUUCCAACACAGGCCAAAAACGCGCUGGAACAUCUCAACGGUUUCCAUCUGCAAGAACGAUACAUAGUUGUACUUUAUCACAUGCCAACGAAGCAGGAAGCCGCUGCCAAAGCUGAUUUGGUCCGCCGGGAGGAGGAAUUGGCCGCCUUAAAAAAGAAGCACAAUAUUGGCGAGGAGAAUUGA